UUUCCCAAACCCAAGGCUUGCAGGCGGGCCUAUACCGUCAAUUUAGUUACUGAAGCCCAAAAUUGCGGUCUCUGUCAUCGAUCCACGUCCUACACAGUCCAAGCAAGCGGCUUGCAGCGGAUCCCUGUCUGUCGCCCGCACUUCAGAUCUAUGAGCACUUCCAUGUUCCACACUCGUCUCCGCUGUGAUGUUGCUAUUAAACCGAUCGUUGCUUCUCGUAAUUUGUUCUAAGGCAUAGCUCGGUACUCGUAAUCGGCGAACUUAGGAAGCCAGAAUUUCCGAGAUGGCUUUCAUGGCGGUUUUGGAAUCUGACCUUCGCGCUCUUUCUGCUGAAGCUCGCCGUCGGUAUCCUGCUGUUAAAGACGGCGCAGAGCAUGCAAUUCUAAAGCUUCGUUCUCUGUCAAACCCCAGUGAAAUCGCACAUAAUGAGGACAUAUUGAGAAUAUUUCUGAUGGCAUGUGACGUGCGAACAGUUAAGCUUAGCAUUAUUGGACUUUCAUGUCUGCAGAAACUCAUAUCUCAUGAUGCAGUUUCUCCAUCUGCUCUUAAAGAGAUAUUAUCCACACUGAAGGACCAUGCUGAAAUGGUAGAUGAGGGUGUUCAGCUCAAGACCCUGCAGACUAUAUCAAUAAUAUUCCAGUCACGUUUACUCCCUGAAAAUGAGCAUACAAUGGCCCAAGCUCUUGGUAUCUGUCUCAGGCUUCUUGAAAACUCUCGAUCUUCUGAUAGUGUGCGGAAUACUGCUGCUGCUACCUUCAGGCAAGCAGUGGCCUUAAUUUUUGAUCAAGUGGUUUUGGCUGAGUCUCUUCCUGCUGGCAAAUUUGGUUUUGGCAAUCAGCUUUCUCGUACAAGUUCUGUUACUGGUGAUGUUAACCGCAGUAUCAAUUUGUCAGACUCAUUAUAUCAUGAAUCUUUUUUUGGAGGGCCUCCAUUUAAGAGGGAGACUUUAACUGAAACUGGAAAACUUGGGCUUCGGUUGCUUGAAGACCUAACAUCUCUUGCCGCAGGUGGAUCUGCAAUUUGGUUACGUGCUAAUAUUCUUCAGAGGGCAUUUGCACUUGAUAUACUUGAGUUCAUUUUGUCCAAUCAUGUGGCUGUUUUCAGAACAUUGCUACCCUAUGAACAGGUUUUACGAGGACAGAUUUGUUCACUUUUGAUGACUUCCCUUCGUACCAAUUCUGAGCUUGAAGGAGAAGCCGGUGAACCUAGCUUUCGUCGUCUGGUCUUGCGGUCAGUUGCUCACAUAAUCAGGCUUUACAGUUCAUCCCUUAUCACUGAAUGUGAGGUGUUUCUCAGCAUGUUACUGAAGGUUACUUUUCUUGACUUGCCAUUAUGGCAUCGCAUUCUUGUUCUUGAAAUCUUGAGGGGUUUCUGUGUGGAGGCACGGACACUGCGGGUUCUUUUCCAAAAUUUUGACAUGCACCCCAAGAACACAAAUGUUGUGGAGGGUAUUGUCAAAGCUCUUGCUAGAGUUGUUUCAAAUGUUCAGGUUCAAGAAACAAGUGAGGAGAGCCUGGCAGCUGUUGCAGGAAUGUUUAGUAGCAAAGCCAAAGGUAUUGAAUGGAGUCUGGAUAAUGAUGCUUCCAAUGCUGCAGUCUUAGUUGCCAGUGAAGCGCAUGCGAUAACUUUGGCAGUUGAAGGUUUGUUAGGGGUUGUCUUCACUGUAGCAACUAUAACAGAUGAAGCGAUGGAUAUUGGGGAGCUUGAAUCCCCUAGAUGUGAUAACGAUCCACCAGUGAAAUGGACUGGGAAAACUGCAGUUCUUUGCUAUUCAAUGGUUGACUCUUUGUGGUUGACGAUACUUGAUGCAUUAUCCCUUAUGCUGUCAAGGUCACAAGGAGAAGCCAUUGUAUUGGAAAUACUCAAGGGAUAUCAAGCAUUCACUCAGGCAUGUGGGAUUCUUCGAGCAGUGGAACCUCUAAAUUCAUUUUUGGCAUCCCUUUGCAAAUUUACGAUUAAUUUUCCUGUUGAAAUAGAAAAAAAGAGUACUUUGCAGUCUCCUGUAUCAAAGCGGUCUGAAUUAUCAGUUGAUCAGAGGGAUAGCAUUGUGCUUACUCCUAAGAAUGUACAGGCCUUGCGAACUUUAUUCAACAUUGCUCAUAGAUUACAUAAUGUUUUGGGCCCUUCAUGGGUUUUGGUUUUGGAAACUUUGGCAGCUUUAGAUCGAGCGAUUCAUUCCCCUCAUGCCACUACUCAGGAGGUCUCUACCCUAGUCCCAAAGUUCACGAGGGAGUCAUCUAGCCAAUAUAGUGACUUCAAUAUCCUCUCUUCCUUGAAUUCUCAGCUAUUUGAGAGCUCUGCUCUGAUGAAUAUAUCUGCGGUGAAGUCACUUCUCUCUGCACUAUGCCAGCUUUCACAUCAGUGCAUGUCCAGCACUUCAAGUGGCUUGGCACCAGCCAGUCAAAAAAUUGGAAGCAUCAGUUUUUCAAUGGAGAGAAUGAUAUCCAUCCUUGUGAAUAAUGUUCACAGAGUGGAGCCAUUUUGGGAUCAAGUUGUGGGUCACUUUCUUGAGCUUGCUGAUCAUUCAAACCCACACUUGAGGAACAUGGCACUUGAUGCACUGGAUAGAUCUAUAUCUGCAGUCUUGGAUUCAGAUCAAUUUCUCGAUUACAAACAAUUCAAGUUACCUAAAAUAUCUCAAGAAAUUGAAGCGAACACCUCAGAGUUGAGGUCACUUGAAUGUUCCGUCAUAUCUGCACUAAAGGUUCUUUAUUUUUCUUGUCAAAGUGUUGAUGUUCGUGUUGGAUCUUUGAAAAUUCUUCUUCAUGUUAUAGAGAGACAUGGGGAAAAACUUCAUUUCAGUUGGCCUAAUAUACUUGAAUUGUUGAGGUCUGUAGCUGAUGUUCCGGAGAAGGAUCUUGUCACUCUUGGUUUCCAGAACCUUCAAGUGAUAAUGAACGAUGGACUAUCCACAAUACCUGCAGACUGCCUUCAUGUGUGUGUAGAUGUGACUGGCACAUAUAGUGCUCAAAAGACAGAGUUAAACAUAAGCCUGACUGCAAUUGGCCUCCUAUGGACUAUGACUGAUUUCAUUGCCAAGGGCCUUCUUAAUAAAUCUUUGGAAGAAAAGGAAACAGGAAUUUCAGGUGUUGGUUCCAUAGUGAAGCUGAUAGACAGUGAAAAGAUGGAGAAACAGACACUUGGUGUUUCCAAGGAUAUCAAAGACUCUGGUGUUUCCAAGGAUAUCAAAGACCAUGCUACCUAUUUGUAUGAUGUUGAUUGUGAGAAGCUUUUGUUCUCAGUUUUCUCAUUACUUCAAAACCUUGGUGCUGAUGAGAGACCAGAGGUCAGAAACUCUGCUGUGAGAACACUUUUUCAAACUUUAGGAACUCAUGGACAAAAGCUUACAAAAGGAAUGUGGGAAAACUGUCUUUGGAAUUAUAUAUUCCCAACGUUGGAGCGUGCUUCUCACAUGGCUGCCACUUCUUCAAAAGAUGAACGGCAAGGGAAAGAACUUGGGACUCGAGGGGGAAAGGCAAUUCAUAUGCUCAUACAUCAUAGUCGUAAUACAGCUCAGAAACAGUGGGAUGAGACACUUGUGCUAGUUCUUGGUGGAAUAGCUCGUAUAUUACGGUUAUUCUUUCCAUUUUUGAAGAGCCUCGAUAAAUUCUGGUCUGGAUGGGAGUUGUUGCUCCAGUUUGUUGAGAAUAGCUUCUUAAAUGGCAGUAAAGAGGUAGCACUUGCAGCCAUUAACUGCUUGCAGACAACUGUUAUUUCACACUCAUCAAAGGGGAAUAUGCCGAUGCCUUACCUUAUAUCUGUAAUUGAUAUUUAUGAAGUUAUUCUGGAAAAGCCUCACAGUUACAGCUCCGAUGCUGCCACCAAGGUGAAGCAGGAGGUUUUGCAUGAUCUUGGAGAGCUAUAUGUGCAAGCUCAAGGGAUGUUCAAUGAUGACAUGUACACACGAUUGAUUGCCAUCAUAGACAUAGCUGUGAAGCAAACCAUGUUAAUUAAUGAUAACUUUGAAGUAGAAUUUGGAAAUGUCCCCCCUGUGCUACGGACUAUUCUGGACAUUAUACCACUGUUACGCCCAACUGAGCACAUCUCCUCUAUGUGGCUUAUUCUUCUUCGGGAGUUCUUGCAGUAUCUUCCUGGUGAGGAUUCUCGCUUACAGAGUGAAGAUGAUAAAAUGGAUCAUGCAAGCAGUUCUAACUUUGUCCCAGACUCUAAUAAAAAGUACAAAGCACCUAAUGGCACUUCUUUAGUAUCACCUGACAAAGUAACAUCUUCAGGAACUGGAUCAAGUGCAGCUGUCAAUGCAGGCCUUCCUAGUUAUAUUUUUGUGGAAAAGCUAGUUCCUGUGCUGGUAGAUCUUUUUCUGCAGGCACCAGUAGUUGAAAAGUACAUUAUAUACCCUGAAAUUAUUCAAAGCCUCGGAAGAUGUAUGACAACCAGAAGAGACAACCCUGACAGUGCACUUUGGAGGUUAGCUGUUGAAGCAUUCAACCGAAUCCUUAUUGACUAUGUUAGCAAAUUAAUCUACAGCGGUCCAGAUUCUGGCUUUAGCAAACCUGCUAGAAGUCGUAUAUGGAAAGAAAUUGCAGAUAUUUAUGAAAUAUUCCUCGUUGGAUACUGUGGGCGAGCUCUUCCUUCAAAUUCUCUCUCAGCAUUGGUAUUGGAGGCUGACGAGUCCCUUGAGAUGUCAAUGUUAAAGGUUCUUGGUGACACUGUCCUUAAGUUGCCAAUUGAUGCCCCAACAGAUAUUCUGUGGCGACUGGUCAACACACUAGACCGUUGUGCAUCACGCACAUGCUCAUUACCUGUUGAGACUGUAGAGCUUAUGCCUUCACACUGCAGUAGAUUUUCGUUGACUUGUUUGCAGAAGUUAUUUGUUUUGAGCAGUUUUUCUAAUGAAGCCGAUUGGAGUUUGACAAGAUCUGAAGUGAGCAAAAUAUCACUUACUAUGCUCAUGACUAGAUGCGAAUACAUCUUUACCAGGUUUCAGAUGGAUGAGAAUGAGUUAGGUGAGCAUCCAUUACCAAAAGCAAGACUUGAAGAAAUUAUGUAUGUUCUCCAAGAACUGGCACAUCUCGUAAUACAUCCUGACACUGCUUUCGCGCUUCCCUUGCACCCAUAUCUGAGAGGUGGAUUAGCAGAGGAGAAGGAGAAGCCUCAUGGGCGUCCCCACCUGCUUGUGCUACUUCCUUCCUUUAGUGAGCUUGUUUUAUCGAGAGAACUAAGAAUACGGGAACUAGUGGUAGCAUUACUUCGAUUAGUCAGCAAGGAGUUGUCUCUGGAAAAGCUCAGCUUAACAAAUGAAAAGAAUACUUCCAGAUAAGAGCUUUUGUCAUUUGAUCAAAGUUUUUAGCUUAUAAGCCCUUUUUUCUUCUUAUUCCCCCUCUUCUUCAUUAGUAUUAUGUUGUAUAUUUUUAUGUAGACUAGACUAGGCCCACCCUGAUAGGAGGUUUUGCCCUGUAUCCUUGCACUGUUCAUCGGUCCUGCAUUAUGGCCUAGUGUCUGGUGUCAACCAUGCUUUCUCAUAUCCACCGGCCCCUUGAACUUAAUCACCACAUCUUUCGGGUCAGACUUGGAGACCCGUGAGCUUGGGACGAUUAGUUGAGCGGCUGAGAUAAAUAUGUGUAGUGUAUACAGCAAAAAGAACCACUUACGGGGACAGUUGACAAGGAGACUUCAUAACAGAAUGUCAUUGUGACUUGUGAGAAGAUCUACAUUCCCCUUGCCAUUUUUUUGUGUUCUAUCGUAUUCUGUGAGUAUACAUCGAACCCUAAUCUUUUCUUGCCACAUAAAAUGGUAAAAUAUUUUCUUGGGCAAGAAAGAUAUAUGUAUCAUGUUGUGCUGCUUUUAUAUUUGCAUUGAGGCAUACGUUCUUUUAGAAGAGCAUUCUUGAAUUUGAACACUUGUUUCCUUCAGCAGAGCCAUUUCCAUGCCGAGGGUAUCUUCUAUUCACUUCUAUUUGUCCUCAGUUGUAUAAAUAAUAUUGACAGUUAUUUCAUGCCUUGUUCUAUCCAACAUCUGGAUGUGAAGUUUUGGAGCAUUUUGGUUUUCAUGAGUCCCAGCUCCUAGUCGAUCUGCUUUUCGGCUCUAGUAGUUAUGGCGUGUCUUCUGAUGAUAGCCAUCUGGAUAUAGCGUGUCUUUUACAUACAAACACUCAGAAGCUAUAAAGCACGAAGGAAAAUUUAUACCCCAUAUCAACGGAGUAGAGGUUAAAGUAUUGGACAAGGAUGAGGAUGGCGCUUGUUUGUCCAUGUUAAAUUUGGCGCACCACACCUGGCUGGAUUAAAAGCAAGCUGAGGAUUCUGUUAAAUGUGUUAUAACUGUUUUAUGUAAUGCCACGGAAGAUCCUGCUUCUGACUUGGUCUUCUUUGUAGUAGUUUGACAUGUGGUUUUAAAGUGUUUAUUCAUUGGCAUAAUUAUGUGUUUACUUUUUCACUUUCAGACAACGAGGGAAAAAAGCUUAGUGCAUAUGAAUUAUUUAAAAGAAAAAAGAUCACUUUUUGCA